AAACAAAAAUACAGAACUUGUAAUUCCCUCCCGUGUGGCUAUUCCAAUCCCUCAAUCAACGACUCCAAAUCCCCAACCUGUGCCGCGUUGCGUGACGGCUGGUCGCAACUCCGCCGUGCGGNGUGUCCUCUUCUCUGGGUUAGGUGUUGUUGGAUAACAAGUUAUUGGCAAACCAAUUGAAGAGGCNACAGGGGUAGAAGAAUUCUCCAUCGAGAGUCAAUUUCCAUAUUUCAGUCUUGAGGCAAGACUGAUUCUCAAGAAAGAGGCAAUGGCACAAGAGCUUGAAAUGAGUGUCAUAGAAACAUCCAAGAAAACUGGUGCUCCCCAAAUUGUUAAGUUGGACAAGGCAUUGAAAUUGGCUGAGUCAUGGGUAAAUAAUAUGAGUAAAGAUGUUGAUGAUCAUAGAAUAAAUGCGGAUUUAGAGGGUAGACCUUCCGGGCUUGGUCUAGGUGCAAAAGUUUCACGGCGAUCAAAAUUUGUACCUUCCGAUGACCCUGUUGAAAAGAAGUUGUAUGCCAAAUUGACUGCAGAAAAAAGAAAAGCGGCCAACAUUGCUAAGGAGUCUGCAACAACUGCGAGAGAUGAUUUAGAUAACGAUGAAGACAGCGAGGACUUGGAUAGCAGAACUAAUGCGUUUGUUAAGAGGAAGGCAACGGCACCUUUGAUCUCAUCUAUAUUGCAAAAAAAGAAGCAGAAGUGACAUUUGCUGAUGAGUUCUUUUUUACUGCAAGGCUGUAAAGUAUCACAUUUUGCAUUUGCCUUGUUGGAAUUUUGGCUUAAUAUACAUUUUUUCUGAUUGACAUUUUAACAUUUUAGCACAUACUUUUACGUGUAAUUGAUACUAAUUUCAAUGAAGAAUUGGUGUCGUUUGUCGGGGAACACGUACUUGUGUAUGCCCAAUUUA